UUAUUGUUUACACAUUUUUUAUAUUCACUCAAAUAUUGUUUACUAUUGUUUAUUACCACGUGGAGUUUGCUUUUAUCCUUCUCCCUUUCUUCUACUUUACAUAUUGUCGAAUAUUUUUGUUUUUAAUAUUUUUAUUUUUCUACUAUUUAUUAUUUAAAUCUCAUUGUUUUUAAAACUUUUUUCCAAUUAACUUCUAUCUACCAAUUUCGUCCGGAACGGGAUUGAGUUUUAAAAUUUUGAACGGGAAGGGAUCCCUCGGGAUUAAUCCCGUAAAUCCCGGUAAUCCCGUUCGCCGCUGAAAACCCGGGAUUCCGGGACGGGAUCCCGUAAAAUCCCUUUCGGGAUCUUGUCCCGUGUCGAGCUCUAGUAUAUUUAAAAUCGAAACCCGACUGAUUCAGAAUUUUUUUGAUAUUUUUUUUCAAUUUUUAGACUCAAUUUUGCCUUCUUCUCAACAACUUCCAUCAGAAAAAAUGUCAGAAAAUCUCAAAAAAAUUACUAAAUUUGAUUUAACAAAUGGAACAACUUAUCAAGAAGAACCGGAAGAAAUAUUUCAGCCUCCCCCAAUUAAAGAAGCACACAUUUCUGGAUUGUCUAAAUAUCAAGAAAUGUAUAAUAAAUCAAUUAAAAAUCCUGACGAGUUUUGGAAAUCUGUGGCCGAAAAAUUGUAUUUUGAAAAAUUUUCUGAAAAGGGGCUGGAAUGGAAUUUUGAUAAAAGGAAGGGAGAGAUAUUUAUUCGUUUUAUGAAUGGAUCAAAAACAAAUAUUGCUUAUAAUUGUUUGGAAAGAAAUAUUAAAAAUGGGCUGGAAAACAGAAUAGCCUAUUUCUGGGAGGGAAAUGAACCUGGCGAUGAAAAAUCAAUAACUUAUGGAGAACUAUUAAAAGAGGUGAUCAAAUUUUCUUCUGUUUUACGUUCUAAAGGCGUUAGAAAAGGAGAUGUUGUAGCAAUUUAUUUACCAAUGAUUUUGGAAUUAAUUGUUGCAAUGUUGGCAUGUGCUCGUAUAGGUGCUAUUCAUUCUGUUGUUUUUGCUGGAUUUUCUGCGGAUUCUUUAGCUUCAAGAAUUACACAUGCAAGAUCUAGAAUUUUAAUCACAGCAGAUGGUUGCUUCCGGGGCAACAAAUUAAUCGACUUAAAAUCAUUGGCGGACAAAGCAGCCAAUAUUUGUACUCUUCGAGGAGAAUCUUUAGAUAAUAUUAUUGUUGUUGAACAUUUAAAGAAAAUUCGAAUACCCGAAGGAGCACAAGGAAUUAAUUUAAAAUUGGAAAAAGGAAGAGAUUCUACGUGGGAUUAUGAAAUGGCUUUACAUCAAGAGGCAAAUCAACAGACAAAUUCAAAUGUGGAAUGGAUGGAAGCAGAAGAUCCCUUAUUUAUUUUGUAUACUUCUGGGUCUACUGGAUCUCCUAAAGGUAUUCUUCAUUCUACCGCUGGGUAUAUGUGUUAUGUUUAUAUGACAACAAAGUGCUCAUUUGACGCACAACCAGAUAUUGAUAUUUAUUGGGCAACUGCUGAUUGCGGUUGGAUAACUGGACAUUCCUAUGUUGUAUAUGGACCUUUAUUGAAUGGUUUGACUUCUGUAAUUUUUGAAGGUGUUCCGAGUCAUCCAGAUCAUUCUCGUUUUUGGUCAAUUAUUGAAAAAUAUCGUGUUACCAAAUUUUAUACAGCACCUACAGCUAUUAGAGCUUUAAUGGCAUUCCCAGAAGAAUUUGUAACAAAACAUAAUUGUUCUUCACUUAAAAUAAUUGGAACUGUUGGAGAACCUAUAAACCCAACAGCAUGGAAAUGGUUAUAUAAUGUUGUGGGUAAAACAAAAUGUGCUGUUGUUGAUACUUAUUGGCAAACUGAAACGGGUGGACAUGUGGUUAGUUAUUUAAGUUUAAGUUGUGGAAUUAAAAAAAAUUUUUUUUUGUGA